AUGAAGAAGCACCAGACUUGUGCUGCUUGCAGAUUCAAGCGCUGCAAAUGUGGACCUGAUUGUCCAAUGGCCCCGUACUUCCCUGCCCACAUGCACCAUCACUACAAGAAUGCCCACAAGGUGUUCGGCGAAAGUCACAUCAAGAAGUUGCUCCGCAGCGUACCCCCUCACAACAGAAGCACUGCCAUGAAGCACAUUAUAGCCGAAGCUGGCAUCCGCGUCGCCGACCCGGUUGGUGGAAGCUACGGUCUUAUUAGGAACUUGCAGCUCAAGAUUGCCGAGGAAGAGGAGAACCUCCGCCGCUUGCGAGAUGUACUCAGCGUGUUUUGUGGCGGAGGGAGUGGUGAUGGUGUUGUGGCACAGGGUGUGGUUCAGAAACAGGGCUGCAUUGUUCCUGGUGGAUUUCUUCAUGCACUCUUUCUUCAAGAACAGGGGAACAACAUGUGUGUAAGGGAUGAAGUUGUGCCGAAACAUGAUGUCGAAUCAAUUCAGGGUGAGCAGAAUUAA